UAAAAAGAGGGAGGAAAGAGCACGGGGAAACAUGUGAGCGGUCUGAGGACUUUAGUGAGAGACAACUUUUAUGUCUUCUAUGUUUUUUUGUUGACCCCGUGCAUGCACAGACCUUCGUGCUGUGCUUAAAAGGAUUUACAUCGGAAGGAACGUCUUCUGCAGUUUGGGGUUUUGAGUUUUUGGUUUCAUCAGGAUAAAUUAUUAUUGUUUUUGCUUUUAUUUUUUUAUUUCUGCGUUUUAAAAUACAGGUGAAGCAGCAGCAGCAGCCGCAACAAUUUAUUUUCAAACUGCUUUCUUUAUAACAGAGUCAAUAUUUGGACACCUGUUCUGACCAACAGCAUAUUUUUUAUUUUCUGUUAGUAAUUGACUUCUGCUGGUUGAGAAAAAGAGCUCAAAAUAAAUAAAAUAGGCUGCACUGCAGUCUAACCCCACUUCUAUUUUUUAGAAAAAAAGGGGGACCCCAACUUUAUUUUUUUAUAUUAAUUUGUUUUGUUUUCAUUUUCCAUAUUUUCGUCCGUUUUCAGCCUCUUUUUUUCCUUCCAAACGAUGAAGCAUUUGCAAGUUGUGCUCGUGCUGUCCAUUGCGGUCAGCGUGUGGGAAUGUGGGGACGCCAAAUUCGGCGAAAGGGGGGAAAUUGGCCCCAGGAGAAGAAGAUGUUACGACGGAAGCUUGCCCAAGCGGCUGAAGAAAAGGGAGCGAAAAGUCUUGCUGGACGGCAGCAACAGCGGAGAAGUUUGCCACAGGUUGUACCCCCGCGUCUCCUGCUGUCCCACCAGGAGAGCCGCCUACCAGAUCCUGCACCGCAGGGAUGCCAGGAUUUUCUCCACCAACAACACCGACUGCGGACAUCUCCUGGAGGAGAUCAAGUGUGCACGCUGCUCCCCCAAUGCCCAGAUGUUGUUCCACUCCCUGGAUAUGGAUAAGGUGCCACACCGGGAGCCAGACCUGCCGAGGCUCUGCCUGGACUUCUGCCGUGAGUUCUACUACACCUGCCGGGGGCACAUACCAGAACUGUUCCAGGCCGAUGUGGAUGAGUUCUGCCAAUACUACGGGAGGAGAGAUGCCAGUCUGUGCUUUCCAGAUUUUCAACGAAAGCAACUACAAGGGCAAGAUUCCAACUUCUUGGAAGACGAGAAAAGGAAACACAAACACAACUGCUACUGUGCCCAGGAGGUGUUGAGUGGUCUGCGGCAGCCGGUGGCCGUGGUGCACUGUGGGGAUGGAUCCCAGCGGCUCUUUGUCCUGGAGAGAGAGGGAAUCGUCAGGAUACUCAACCAUGACCUCGAGCUCAUCAAAGAGCCCUUCCUGGACAUACACAAGCUGGUGCAAAACGGCCUGAAGGGUGGAGAUGAAAGGGGCCUGCUAAGCUUGGCAUUCCACCCCAAUUACAAGAAGAAUGGCAAGCUCUACGUCUCCUACACCACCAACCAAGAGCGCUGGGCCAUCGGACCGCACGACCACAUUCUCCGUGUGGUUGAAUACACCGUUUCGAGGAAAAACCCGAACCAGGUGGACAUGCGGUCCGUCCGGGUGCUGAUGGAAGUGGCAGAGCUGCACAGGAAGCACCUCGGGGGUCAACUUCUGUUCAGCCCUGAUGGUCUGUUGCACAUCGUCCUGGGAGAUGGCAUGAUCACCCUGGACGAUAUGGAGGAAAUGGAUGGGCUCAGUGAUUUCACAGGGUCCGUCCUGAGGGUAGAUGUGGACACAGACUGCUGUACAUCCCCUUAUUCCAUACCGCAGGACAAUCCGUACUUCAACAGCACCAACCAGCCACCUGAGAUCUUUGCUCAUGGAUUACAUGACCCAGGCAGAUGUGCAGUGGAUCGGCUUCAGACGGACAACGGGAGCCUCCUGAUGAUCUGUACGGAUGCCAGCGGCAAAAACGCGUCAGCAGGAAGAAUUCUGGAGAUUACCAAGGGGAAAGAUUACGAAAACGAGCCGUCUGUCUACGACCUGCACUCCAGUGGAGGAGCCCCACCCGUGGGGGGCUUCAUCUACAGAGGCUGCCAGUCCAGAAGACUUUAUGGCAGCUACGUGUUUGGAGAUAAAAACGGUAACCUGCGGAUCCUCCAGAAGUCUCCUUUGUCAACGUCCGCCGGCGGUGAACAGUGGCAGGAGAAAGCUCUGUGUCUGGGCUCGGCCGGCUCAUGUGGCUACCUGCUGGUGGGACACAUCUUGGGUUUCGGAGAGGAUGAACUAGGUGAAGUCUACAUGCUGGCAAGCAGUAAAAUCAUGGUGCAGUCAAACAGUGGGAAACUCUACAAGCUGGUUGAUCCUAAACGGCCUCCCGCCCCGAAAGAGUGCCAGCGUCAGGUGGAGCCUCCGGAGCUGCUGAUGACAGCUUGCUCCAGACACUGUAAGAACGGACACUGCACCCCUACUGGCCAGUGCUGCUGCAGCCUCGGCUGGGAGGGACCCUUCUGCAGAGUUGCCAAGUGCGAACCAGCCUGCCGCAACGGAGGAGUGUGUAUCGAGCCCAACAUGUGCAUGUGCAAGAGCGGUUACUCCGGGGCCCAGUGUGAGCAGAGUGAGCAGGGCAUGCCCAACGACCAGGAGAAAGACGGCAUACUCGACCACAUCAUUGACAUGACCUCGUACCUCCUAGACCUGACCAGCUAUAUCGUAUAGGGGUGCGGAGAGGGGGCCUGUUCCCCGCCGUCGUCUUCAAGCUGACACAAAUCUACCUAUCGCCACCAGCAGACUCUUAACGAGGUGUCCUUAAUAUGGCCUCUUAAUCUCCCUCACACCAACACAAACAGGCAUGUACACACACACACACACACACACACAUGCACACACGGGAUUCCCAUCAGACCGCUUUACGUCCUCGUCUCCAUCACCGUACCAGACUCAUCCUCUUUUGCCGAUAAGCUACAUGCUCCCGAGCACCAGGCCUGGCAUCCAAGCCGUGCUCCCAACGUGGCCCAGUGUGAGACCCGCAGACAGCGGAGGAGGUGAUUAGUAAGCACGGCCAAUUUGCGGAAGGUCCACUACGACGUGUCCUGUCCCGUUCAGAAAAUGCUCACUCACGGCCGACUCCGCAGGAACAGACCUUUUAAACCCAAGACUUUGGAUCUCUUCAGGGGGCCAUCUGUUGCUUUAUCAAGACACCACGGAAAAUGGAGCUCCAGGCAUUUUUCAGUGGAGACGGGUUGAUUGUUCGGGGGUUCUUUAAGGAUUCAAAAUUGUAAAGGAGCGGCGUGGCUCCAGCUCCAAUUCAUCUUCAUGGUCCUUUCAAAAAUAAUUGUCCGCAUGCAUAGACUUUGAUGGAACGCUCUGCACCUCUGAAGUCUAUGACAGUCGUUGGUCCUAUAGAGCCCGCAGUGCUUUGUGCUGUUCUAAAGGCACCAAUACGGGAGAGACGAACCAUGUCGUCUCACUUAAGAUGUUGUAUUUGGUUUGCGGGCACAUUGUCAUAAGAAAAAGCUAUAACAGUAUACGGUGUGUAUACUUUGUUUCGCAACAUUCACUUGCUAUCAAUGUACAGAAUGGAUCUACAACAUAGGACUGUCACCUACACAGAAAUAGGACUGACUCAAGUGAGAAUGUUUUGUCAAAGCCAGUUUCAUACAAUCUGAGUUUUCUGGCUCUCAUGCACUGUAUUCAUUUUUUUGUUUCAUUCACUUUAUUAUUCAAAAUGAAUUAAAACAUUUAUUAAAAGCGCAAUGAGAGUAGUUUAACAUUCACGUGUUCACACCACCCUCUCACAGUUAUCAGUUAUCAAACUCCUUUCAUGGCGUCGCACACUGAAAUUGAACCCGAACUCAAAACUAUAAAGGGAAGAGAUAGCGCAGUGGUGUAUAUUUCCAAUAGAGCUUACCUAAGUACUACUUAGCAUUGCAAAAAAAAAAAAAAAAAAAAUCUAUAGCAUUACUAUUGUUUUCAUAGAGGAGGGUUUAUUUUUUUAAGCGUAAUAAUAUAUGGGAGAGAAUGGUGUUUAUAGAAAGCAGUUUUACACUAAGCCUGUCAGUUCAUGUCAUGUCAUGUUCUCGUACUUAUACAUAUGCAGCUGUUAAGAAAGACGCUUGAGGACAAGUAUUUUUUUUCUCCCCAUCCCUGCCCCAGAUGUAAAAGUAAUGCAUGUGUGUGCCUGCAGAGAGUAAUUCAGAGCAGUUGUCUGAGUCCAUCUAAUUCAUCUGGUUUCACUAGCGCUGUCAGAAAUGUGUCUCCGUUGUCAGAUGAUCAAACGUCUCAUCAGGCCACCAGGUCUUUGUGAAAGCGGUUCAGUCAGAUCUUCUCCGCGGAGAGCAGAUUUAAGAUUAAACUAAUGAUCCGUCUCGUGGAGAUAGCAUCGAUUGAACGUCUAAUGAACAUCUGACUCCUACUUGUAGCCAGAGAACACUUGAGCACAGACGGGGACGGUCUGGAGCCACAUCGAUGUGUCUUUUCAGACGCCGGGCGAACGCUCAUUCGGAGGCAGCGCGCGUACAUUCUGGUCCGUAUUCUGGAUGAAUUGUGAAUGGGGUUUUUUUUUUCUCUCUCCACGACUUUUAUUUUGAAAAACAAGCAUCGCAGUUGAUUGAAGUUCAGUGUCAGUUCAAGAUGUAUUUUUUUUUCCCCUCAUCUCCCGCCUCGCUUGUGUUUGCUGAAAUAAAUCAACUACCUGGUCAAAAUGGAAUUCAUGCUGUAAAAUGGAAAAUUAUAAUUUCUUUUAGCACUUAAUGUGAAAGUUGCAUUGUAGCUGCUGAGAUGGCGUGGUGUGAAUAGAAUAACCAUUUUCAUUAUUUAAGUAGUUACACAAAUGAAAUAAUUAUUUAAGUUCUUCUAUGUCGUUUUUACCAUUGUACUGUAUGUGACCAUUUUUUUUGUAUUCCUGUAUUGUAAAUAAAACUAGGGAUAACUUUGUUUCUCUACAGAAAUAUCAAUAUGUCUAUUAAAAUUUAUAGCAUGUCUGAAA